CUUUCUCUCGGGAAGAUUACAAUUUUCUGAGGAACUGGGAGAUGAUUCCAUUUGGCGCAAGGGGAGUUCCCGCUUACAAUGGCUCUUACAAAGCCACAAACACAAAACUCCCAAAACGCAGAAUCUCAAAACACAAACACAAACCUUCUUCUCCUUUGCUUCACCCACCUUCCCCCCCCCCCCUCCUCUGCAACUUCUUAUCUGUUGUUGUUGUCGUUGUUGUAUCAUGAAAGAUGAAGAAACCUCGAAAUCCCUCCAUAGAUAACCACAAUGCCACCACCAUCACGAAGACCACCGACAUCAACAGUGGAAAGAGCUUUUUCAAUGUCUCAUUGUCCUUGGUUUUUUCACUCUGGUUUAUCAUCUUCCUGUUCUAUUCCAAAUGUGGCUAUAGCCAUGGAAAUGGAAAUGAAAGCAAAAAUUAUGCGAAUGGAAUGUUAUUAAAGUUCAACUUUUCCAUUAACAGUAUCAAUGUGGUUCAAGAUCACAACUUUGCAGAUUCCAAAUACUCACUUCGUGAAACAAACAUGCUGGAAGACUCAGAUGGAAAUUUUCAAGGUUACACCGACUUAGCCUGUACAGUACAGCCACAAGAAAUAAAGGCUAACAGAACAGAACAAGAACAGACAAGGGAGAGAGUAUCUCUUCCUAUCUACAUUGAUCUAGAUGAGUUCCAAAACAAAACAAUGCAAGGGAAGCGCGAGGUGCAAAGCCAGGUUGGGAACAUUACCCAUCGGCUUGAGCCCGGUGGUGAAGAAUACAAUUACGCCUCAUCCUCAAAGGGAGCAAAAGUUUUGACUCAUAACAAGGAAGCUAGAGGAGCAAAUAACAUCCUAGAAAGGGAUCAAGACAAAUACUUGCGGAAUCCAUGUUCGGUGGAACACAAGUUUGUUGUCAUUGAGCUUGCUGAGGAAACUUUGGUUGAUGCAUUCAAGAUCGCAAACUUCGAACACUACUCUUCUAAUUUCAAGAACUUUGAAUUGUCUGGAAUUUUGAGUUUUCCAACCGAGACAUGGACCCCAUUGGGAAAUUUUGUUGCUGCAAAUGUUAAGCAUGCCCAGAGGUUCAUGCUCCUUGAACCCAAAUGGGUGAGAUACUUGAGGCUAAGUUUACUGAGUCACUAUGGCUCAGAAUUCUACUGCACAUUGAGUUUAUUGGAGGUGUAUGGGGUUGACGCAAUUGAGCGUAUGCUCCAAGACCUCAUUGUGGUUUCUGAAGAACCAGGUUUGGAUCAGUCACUGAAUCACACCAGUUCAAUUGGAACAAAGUCUUCAAUAAAAGAACCAGGUUCCAAUGAGAGGGAUGUAUCUAGUCAAGUUCAAAUUGCAGCGGAUGCUGUUGGCAAAGGGUUAGAUAACAUUGAUGAUGGGCAAAGGCCUAACAUUGAGGUCACCAAGAAUACAGUAUCAAAGAGCAACAUUCCUAAUCCAGUUUUAGAAGCUAGGCAUCAGAAUAAUGGGAGAAUACCAAGUGAUACCGUUCUAAAGAUCUUGAUGCAAAAGAUGAAGUCUCUUGAGUUAAACCUGUCAUUUCUGGAAGAGUAUAUCAAGCAGUUGAACCGGAGUCAACGAGAUGUUUUGCCAGAGCUUGAUAAGGAGAUAUCUCGAUGCACCUUGCUAAUGGAGAAAGUCAAAUCUGAAAUCAAAGGCCUCAUAGAGUGGAAAGAGAUUACGGAAAAGGGAAUUAAUGAGCUCGAAUGGUGGAAAUCUGUUGUGGUAUAUCGAAUUGAUGCAUUGGACAGAGAGAAUCGAAUGUUGAGAUUAGGCAUUGAGAAGGUUUUAACUGAUCAAGCAAGUUUGGAAAAUAAAGAGCUUGCCAUGUUAGCUGUGAGUUUUUUCUUUGCUUGCAUUGCGGCUCUCAAGCUAGUUUCGGAGCAGGUCCUAUCUUUCUUUAAAAACUCUCACCCUGAGAAGGUCCACAAGACAAGUAGAAGUUGGGUUUUGAUACUGUUUAGCAGCAGUGUAGUAACCUUCAUCACCUUAUUGUAGGACUAAUCUCACCCAUUUUUAGCUCUAGAAAAUUCAUUUUUGUUGUUGUUGCAUAGUCUCCUUUUCUGAAAUUUGAACUCUUGUAAUUAUAUUUUGUUUUAGCUAAAUUGAGAUGGCCUUAUCGAAAGUUCUUGCAUGGUCUA